ACUUCGCCAAAGAUUGAUUCCACUUUACUCCGUUCACCAGAAAAACAUUAAAACGCAGAUGAAAUGGCCAGCGAUUUUCCGCCAUUGGCCAUCCGAAUUUGGAUGGACAAGCUGAAGAAGGGCGUUGGCCAGCCAGUGGCUGUCCUAGAACGCUCCCUGCUUAACUCCAUGAGUGCUGAGGCAGCCAGUUUGUCGGUGAAGAAUGCGAUGGAGCGGGGCAUACUGGUGCCAAGAGCAGCCAACGGAAGGGCCAAGCGGCUGACCCUCACCUUUUGCCAGAAGGUGAGCAGCCUGCCCAGUCCCACGGGAGAUCCCUACUGCUUCGAGUGCCAUUUGCCAGGAGUCGUGAAGAAAUGCGCGUCCUGUGAACGCUGCUUUCACGAGGAUUGCCAGCGAAAGGAUCCCGAGAAGCCCAAUUACUCGGUGCCCUCGGACAAGAAUCAGCCCUACCGGUUUCCGUCAGCGGUCAGCGAGUCGGACAAGGAGCCGGAGCACAGCACCCCGAACUUAGAGGCUGCCCGGACACCCACGCCAAAGCUCCUGCUCGAUCACAAUAGCAACAUCAGUCAGGAACCAAUAGCCACUCCGGAAUUCCUUAAGCACGAGAGCCCCGAGUGGGACGACGAUGUAUUCUUUGUGAGCGAGCGGAAGGGCGCCCGCCAGCGAAAGCAGGCCAGGGUCAAGGAUGAAGUGCAGACUAGUUCGGACAGCGAUGAGGGCAGUGAUCUACAGCGAUGCACACGUUGCCGUCUACUCGCCCUGGCCGCUCUCCUCAAUCCACCGCAGUUGGAAAAACAGGAACUGGGCUGCCUUUUGAGAUACUCUUGGGAAAAGCAUUACUCCUGGAUAUCCAUGGACGUUUCCAAGUACAUGGCCAAGCACUGGAACGAACGCGACAAGACGCUGGUCAAGCGCACCAUUUUUAAGACAAAGAUCUUGGGGCUGUCCGACAUCGAGCGGAACAUCGAGACUGAGAAGUAUAAGUACUUGGCGGAGUUUCUAAUGGACCUGCUCGAUCUGCAACACAACAUUGCAGUAUUUUUUGGGCCCAAAAGCGUCGAGUACAAUGCCACCAAGUGGUUGUUGAGGGAUGUGACGCACGAUAUCCGGGAAAUACGACGAUGUCCCGACUGCUAUAGGUAUUCCAACGAGGCUAGUCUGUCUCAGCUUUGGUUCGCCAAGCCCUGUCUUCAGCGGCACGAGUUGGUUUUUGCCAAACAAACGGGUUCGCCACCCUGGCCUGCAAAGGUCAUGAGCGUGUCAAGAAGGCAGCCCAUCAAGUACGAUGUCCGCUUUUUCGGUGGUUCUCAUUCCCGGGCACUCAUCUCUGAACGUGAUAUUACUCCCAUAGAGUCCGACAUUCAGUCGCAUUUCAAGCCACGGAACUCUCGAGCCCUGAGUGCAGCUUUAAGGGAACUGCAGUGCCACAUGAUCUUGUCACACUAUUCCGCCUCGUUGUUUGGGUUCCAUGCAGAUCCCAUAGUUGCCGAGAAUCUCAUCCAGGUAGCCCUUUCCCAUUGCACGGAAUCAACAGAAACUACUUCGACUGGCAAGCGAGGAAGACCUCCGACUCCGGCCACUCUCGGCACUGCAAAGAAGAGAAGGCUUAAUUUCAGCGCUCCAGAUACCCCAUCACCAGUGCCCAUCCGUGGCAUUUCUGACUUAGUUACCUAUGAAAAUCUAACCGCCGAAAUAGUGCAGGCGCACGAGAAUCUGUUGAACUGCCAGAGCGAGCUGACCGCCAUGCAAAAGAAGCUGGAUGAAGUUAAAAGGAAGCAUUGGUGCUAUCUCUGCCUGCAAGAGGCCGUCUUCGACUGCUGCUUUACUGCGUCCUACUGCAGCGCAGAGUGCCAGCGACGCGAUAAGAAACGCCACCAGGCCACUUGCAAAGUCAAUCUCUAAAACAAGAUUAAAGAGAAAAAAUAUAAACACAGUUUCGAGGUUUUUAGUGUAGGUAUAUGAAACUGGAUUAUUGCAAUCCAAAGUGAUAAAAUCUCGUUUCCUACAAUCAUUUGUAUUAAAUGUAUCCGUUCUUAAGAUAUCGCAAGUUAUUCCAAGAAAAUAUAGAUUGUUAAACAAGUA